GAAUGGCUCCGAACCCACACUCGCAUCACCGGACUCGAUGUCCGGUAUAACAACAUCACAGACGAGGGAGCCGCACACCUCGCUGACCUUUUACAGGAGGAGAACUCGUCUCUUUGCUAUCUGGACCUGAUGUGUAAUGAUAUACAAACAGAUGGAGCUGAAGCCCUUGCCAAGAGUCUGCAUCAUAACAGUGUCCUUGUGUCUCUGAGACUGAAUGGUAAUAAGAUUGGGAAUAAGGGAGCCAUGUCCAUCGCUAGCAUGCUGCAGAUCAACAACACGUUACAGGAGCUAGACCUGGCUGACUGUGACCUGGGCACCCAGGGGGUUGUAGCGCUCGCCAUUGUGUUGAACAGCAACAAGAGUCUCCACUCCAUCAAUAUCAGCCGACCACUCCUCUUCAGCCACCAGGAGGAGACCAUUGUGCACAUGUCUCAUAUGUUGUCGGUGAACAGCACUCUGAGGGAGCUCCACCUGGGGAAGAUGGCCCUGACUGACUCUGGGAUGGAGAGGCUGGCUGAGGGCCUGCACGUCAACCACAGCCUGCGUUACCUGGACUUGCGCUGUAACCGUGUGACUCGUGAUGGGGCGCAGUGUCUCGCUGAGGUGUUAAAGAGGAGCGUCACCUUGGAGGUCAUAGAUCUGUCAUCCAAUCGGAUCGAGGACGAAGGCGCUGUGUACUUGAGCGAGGCCAUCGCAUGGCCAGCCUGUAGGCUGCAAGCGCUGUCGAUCACCAGUAACAACAUAGGCGGCGAGGGUCUGGUGUCGCUGGCUAAAGCCCUGCAGAUAAACAGGACUCUUACUCACCUCUACAUCUGGGGAAACCGCCUGGAAGAGCCGGUCUGUCAGGGCUUCAGAGAGCUGCUCGCCAGCGGCCGCUUGCCCGCUGACAACACAGACGUGAGUGCGUACGAAGUGGACGGCCGUGUAUAUCUUGCUGAAGCGCCACACAGCCUGAGGAGACACUACUGCUGGACCCCCACCCAAGGACAGGGCGGGAGCCCUGCCACCAACGCUCCCCUGGCUCCCAAAGCAAACUCGCCCACAAACACCGCCCUUGGCUGAUUUAGGCCCGACUCCCCCACCCGC